GAUGUAGGCGUGUCUUUAUGUUUCAGCUCAGACCCGUCUACAUGCUUGAAGUUGUAAACAAAGUGGAGCAACGCUUCAUUUGUGCAACUGGGUGCAGUGAAGAUGUCAGAGAGACAGAAAGUGUGUUUCUUCAGCAGUUUUUAUGGAGCAUCUUCUCCUGGUGUCUAAACUACAGCAGUGUUGGACCUGAAAGAAAAGACAACAAAAAUGACCUUGAUCCUUUUGCUUCUCCACCUGACCUCCUCUGUCUGUGGAGAGUUAAGAGAGAAAACAACUUUCUAUCAGGCAGAGGAGGACGACAACAUCACCAUCAGAUGGGACAGACAGAACCAAACAGACAUGUUUCUCACUAACAUCAUCUGUUUUCUUCUCUCAAAACCUGAGAAAGUUUUCCAUAAACUGAUCGAUGGUGUUGAGCUUCCAGAGUCUCAGCAUCAGCAGUUUUCAGGACGAGUUCAGUGUGACAGAGACGCUCUCAGAGAAGGACGAGUCACAUUUCAUCUGUCCAGAGUCACAGCUGAAGACUCUGGAAGGUACAGAUGUGAAAUGGUUAAUUAUAACAAGAAGUUAAGGCGAUGGGAGCUUCAGGCUGAGUUUAAUUUUGUUCUGAAUGUGACCCCAAGACCUCACAAAGAAAGCACAACGUCUGGACCGAUACCUGGAAAAGCUGCAGAAAAACCAGAGGAUGAAAUAUUACAUGGUACAAUCCGGUUGUUACUUCUACUAUCUGCAGUUACAGCUCUUUGUACACUUGCACUUCAUAUAUAUGUGUCAGUGAAGAAUCGAAUGAGCUUCAGAAACAAACCACCAACACCAAUCAGCUGCAUUCUGGACUCAGAUGAACAAAAUACCCUCAGAACUGCUCCAGAUGUCUGAGACUAUUUGUUAGCAUGAAACACCGACUGAUGAUGGGAUUCAGAAACUCUUCUGAACAUUUACUUUGACUGUCACAUGGAAGAACACGACGUGAUUGAAGACAAACUCCCAGCUGUCAGAUACUGUCCAUGGAGGGUCUGAUGGUCCAUCACAGUGAACAUCAGCUCUCAUCAUGUGCUCCAGCUUCACAGCUGUGUCAUCAUGUAGGUCAAAGGUCAGACUGAUCCUGCUUUCUGACUCCACAACAACACAAGUGAAGCAUCAGGACCAGACAUGAGAAGACUCUGGUCCAGGAAAUCCACACUGUGGAUCAGGUUGUAGCUGAGAGGAAACAGCAGAGAGGAGCUUUAAUAACACUGAGACACGAGAAGGAACUGGAACCACAGAUGUUUGUAUUUAAUAUCUCCAUGAAGCACUUUUAUUUUUAACGUUGUGAAGAACUUGUUAAAUUUCUGGAUUAAUUCCUUUCUGUACAAGUUUUAAUGUUCAAAGCAAGUAGAUGAUUGUAAAGGUUUAACUGACUGCAGAGGCGUUGGGGAUUGUGUUUUACAGAUGUGUUACAGAUGUCUUCUUCUUGUUGAACCAUGCUUUUUACUUUCACCAUGUAGAAAACUUUGAUCAUAUUACACGUAGCAGAAUAAAGUCCAGCAGCUGAUCUUUGUGACAUUCACACUUCAAACUCAACACAGAACCAGAUUUUAUUCAAGUGUUUUUGGUCUAAAAUGUUUUUAUUUUGUUUCUUUGUGUUUUUGUGUGUUUCUCUUUUAUUUAACCCUUAUUUAACUGCAAAAAUGAAAUA